AAGAAGACAAUCCUGUCAAAGACAGACGGAGAGAGCAGCACAAAUGUUUAGAGAGAAUCGUGACAACUUGACCUCCAACUAAGAAUAGCAGAGACUUGAAUAGUGAGCUAGGUGCCACGGAGGCUGAGGAGCGAUGUAAUGCACUUAAGUGUGGAGAAUGCGAUGGAGGGUUACGACACACAGCAAAGUUUUGUUCUAAAAUUAAACAGUGAGGAGAAGCACAAGGUUUGACGUACUUUGAGCAUUCAUGUGGCGAUUUCUAAUUAUAUAACAAAACCAGACAGAAGGGGUGGUACGGCGCGGAGAUGCGAGUGCAAAGAAAACCUGGAACCCAGGGAGAAAUGUGUUGACGUGACAGUCGGGCUCCAUUCUGACCCCGGCGCCAUCGGUGAGCAGAAGCUGAAGCAGCCAGCAGCGGGGAGGAGAUGGAAACCUGGAGGAGAACCCUCUGAGGUUCAGCAUGCAUACCGAGGGGAAUUAUCACCCGAUUCAGAUUCAGCAAUGAGCAGUCUCUGUAAAACAUCGCCUAUGGAUUUCCAGGACUCAAAGAGAAUAGAUAUCGCAUGGAAAUCCAGGAUCCAUACCCUCAUCCAGAGUCCGUUACCCUGGACCAAGACCAUCAGACAGGAAACAAAUGAAGCAAGCCUGCUGGGCGACUCUCUGGAGACAUUCCUUUCCAAGAAAAGUGGACAAACUGCAUUCUGGGAAUUUCUAAAGUCGGAGUUCUGUGAGGAAAGUCUGGACUUUUGGCUGGCCUGUGAAGACUUUAAAACCUGUGACAGCCCUGAGGAACGAACUCAGAGGGCAGCCGUGAUCUACGAGGAGUUCGUCAGGGACGACUCUCCCAAACAGGUAAACUUGGAUUUCUACACGAGAGACAUCAUCAGUCAGAGUCUCCUGCAGCCAAGUCAGUCAUGCUUCGACGUGGCACAGAGGAAAAUCUACAGCCUAAUGGAGAAUGGCGCCUUCCCACGGUUUCUUCAGUCCGAGCAAUACAAACUCUCGCUGGCUUCGACCCUGAAGCAGAGGGGCCUUGGGAAGUCCUGCAAGGCCUCGAGGAAAAUGAAAGCUGGAGGUGUAAUACAGCGAGAUUCAAAGGCAGUGGUCCUCUGGAAUGACCUCUGCCUGCUGCAGAAAGACUGACAUCGCACGUGCCGCUGUGGAAAGCUGCACCGAAGAAGAAGUAUUGUUUUUUUCUGCAGCGUUGGGGUACCUCUCCUCUACUCUCCUCCAAACAUCACAGCAGCCUGACGUCUCGCAAGGCUGAAAGCUGUGUCAGUGAAAUGGAUAUAAAAUACAGCAUGGAGCGCCGUGAAAACUCAGCUGUGAUUUCUGCAAACAAAAAAAACAGCUAUCCUUUACAGACCUACAGUAUAAAGGAAACUUAGACGGCUGCACAAGUUUUCUUUUCCGUAUUUUGUGAAUGUAGUAUUAAUUUAUGAAAA